CUUCUCUCUCUCGCGCGCGCAGGGUUUCAUAGCUGAUGGUCUAAGCCGCAGUCUAUUUUUGGAUUUCAUAGUAGCCAUUUCCCCCCCUCUCUCUUGUUUUUUUUUAUUUUUUAUUAACGCCAUUGUGUUGAUUAAGGAACGCGUUGUUUUAUAUAUAUAUGUGUGUGUGUGUGUGUGUGUGACGAGGUAAGUCACCAUCACAUCAGUAGCGUGACAUUAACAGCCGUGACCGUGUCGGUUUCCCACUCCUCAAUGGAAGACAUCUUCCCACGCUCGGGAGUGAAGCUCGUGCCGCAUCUGUUGUGCAUCAGUAUUCCCAUCGAGGAGCGGGGGAAUUCUCUACAGAUGAAGAUUUGAAAAUUACAAAAAAAUCUAAUCAAAAAGACAGGAGGAGGGAGGCAGCAGCAGCAGCCGCCGCCUGCAACGCUGGGGUUUUACGUUUGUCAUCAGGGUCCGAUCCGUUUUUCACGGCCUGGACCCUCUGGUGGUGUGGACAGCAGCGGGUGGGAAGCGUUCUGACUCCUUCACCGCAUAUUCCCACAAGAUAAGGAGGCAAGUCAAUGGAUUUUAAAGGAAGAAACAACUGAUCAGAAGCUUUGACUUCCUCUAGAAGUGUCACUUUAAUCUUCUCAAAGCUCGCUCAAAGAGCUUUCUCACCCCACUACUCCCUACUCCACUGUGUCGCUACCUGUUGCAAGGCAUCAUGGGUACAGUGCUGUCGUUGUCUCCCAGCUACCGGAAGGCGGCGCUGUUCGAGGACGGCCCGGCUACAGUGGGCCACUACACAGCCGUGCAGAACAGCAAGAAUGCCAAGGACGCUGCCGCAGCUGCAAAGUCCCUCAAACGGCCUUCCAUUAUUAGCGUGCUGCCAUGGAAACGAAUCGUGGCUGUGUCGGCGAAGAGGAAGGGCUCCAAGAAGCUGCAGUCAGAGGGCGGGGACGGCGGGAAGGGGAGCUCCCCGGAAGGUCACGCCACCGCCACAUCCGGCUCGGCCUCCAACAGUCUGAAGCUGAAGAAGUCGCAGUCCUGUGCGAACCUUUCAUCUUACACAUCCAGCCAGGACCCCGCGACCACCACGACCACUACCUCCUCUCACCUGCCCACCUCUAAGACCCUGGCUAAUGUAGCUACUGUAGCUGUCAAAAAGAAUUCCCUCACAGGCUCUGGGAUCCAGCCAUCUACUGCAGCAGGCACGCCGAAACGUGUCAUUGUCCAGGCUUCCACCAGUGAACUGAUGCGCAGCCUGGGUGAGUUCCUGUGUCGACGCUGUUAUCGUCUGAAGCGUCUCUCCCCGACGGAUCCGGUGCUGUGGCUGCGCAGUGUGGACCGCUCCCUCCUCUUACAGGGCUGGCAGGACCAGGGCUUCAUCACUCCGGCCAACGUAGUCUUCCUCUACAUGCUGUGCCGCGACGUGGUCUCCGCCGAGGUGGCCUCCGAGCGGGAGCUGCAGGCCUCGCUGCUCACCUGCCUCUACCUGUCCUACUCCUACAUGGGCAACGAGAUCUCCUACCCGCUGAAGCCUUUCCUGGUGGAGGCAGAGAAGGAAGCCUUCUGGGACCGCUGCCUGGAGAUCAUCAACCGCAUGAGUGGCAAGAUGCUUCAGAUCAACACCGACCCCCACUACUUCACCCAAGUGUUUGCCGACCUGAAGAACGAGAGCAAGAAAGAAGAGGAGAAGACCAAACUCCUCAUAGGCCUCGACCGAUAAGAGGGAGCUUGGAGGGGGGUGGGGGGGGAGUGAGUGAGUGUGGAGGGAUAGAUAGAAAGAUUGGUUGUGGUGAUCGGUGGAGUGACGGGUGGAUAGUGCUACUUUGGGGCAGUGCUGUUGUCUGGCGUCUCUACUGGUUUACGAUGAGUGAAAUUUCUUAUUUGCAACCCACGACAAAAAAAAAAGCUAGAGAUUGAAUCAUUUCAGUUUGAUAAUGUGCCAUUUAAACAUUUUACCAAAACGCAAGAGAUAAAAUCAGGGUUGUUGAAGUGACUUGUUGCUGUCCUGAGUCUGAGAUGAGUUAGAAACACCAGACAACACAGAUAUUCACAUAAAUAAUGGUGAAUGUUAUUAUAGAGAUAAAAAAAAAAGGUAUUGAUAUUGUGUGAUAGGCAUUUUCACCAUAGGGGAAAUGUCGGCGUAAUUUAAUGAAGAAUCGCACUGCUGCAUGAGGUCACCUCAUAAUAUGUCCUUGCACAUGACCGCCUGCUUAUUGCCAACUCCAUUUUUCCCUUUUCCCUACUUUCCUGCCUGAGCUUACUGCACUCACCAACACUAGCUGCGAGGCCCACUGUUGAAACCUAGAGAGCAUUAACUCUCUUUAAUUCCAUGAUAUGGAUGAGCGAGAAUCAACCACGACCAAAAUGUGAAAAUUACAUUUUACCAACCGCGUGCAAUUGUACUAUAGUGGAUUAGUUUUAUCCAUGUGGAACAUAAAGUACUGUAUCUUCAGGAGAGUGUUUGGGUUCAUCCAGCCAAAUCUGCUAUGAAUUGGAAGAUCAGUUGUUUUUCUGUUUUAUAAGAGUAUAAAAUGCUAAUUUUGGGAAGCUGAAAGUGUUAAUUGUUACAGAAGCCGGAAUGCAAACUGUUUACAUUUACAAAAUUGACAAGGGAAAAUGCAAUACUGACCCCCGAGGGCACAUUUACACGAGGAAUUGUUGAAUUCCUUCCUGUCCCCUGCACUUUGUCUUGCAGUCCAUAUUGGUGCUGUAUUGAAUGAUCACGAGCAAGAAAGAAAGAAUUCUGCUUUAAAACACUGCGCUCGUGUUGUGUGCGUCAUACGUAUGAAUAUGAAUGAUUGGCAGAGCUGAGCUGAUGUUCAGAGGCUGGAUCACAUGAUCCAUGUCAGCUGAUGGCAAA